AGAAAAUGCUACCGGUACCCAAGGCAGGAAAGAAGUGAUUUGCCUUGAGAGGAAUACUAGUACAGGACACGAGACAAUCUACUAUCUGGAGCAAUAAAAGAGGCAAGAGACAGAGAGAUUCAGAGAUUCAGAUAGAUAGAGCUAUUGGAGAAAAAGAUGGUUUCCCAACCGAGAAUUGGGUUGGUAUGGUCACUCCUGCUACCCCUCAUUAUCAUUCCAAGCCAUGCCGCAGUGAACCACGGCCAAGCGUUGAUCCAAUGGCUGCGACAACAUGAACGAGGCUAUUUCAGCCCCAAGAUUACCAUGCACAGUACUACAGGCAGCAGUGAUGGAAGUACCAAUGACGAAGAUGUCCGCAAUGGCGUCUUUGCCGAAGAAUUCAUUGCCCAAAAUGAAACUCUCGUCGUCAUUCCCAAGGAAUACUUGUUACGCGCCAGUUCCGGUCCGUAUACCGACGAUACCAGCGUAGACAUGUGCGACACGACCUGGAAUUUAGUGCGAGAAUAUUAUCAGGGCGAAUCGUCGCUCUUUGCGCCUUAUAUCGAUUAUGUCAUGGGACACAUGCGUUCUACAACAACACGCGAUGCCGAUCGACAUCGAUUGCCCGCCGAUUGGUCCGACGAAGGAUUGGCAUUGAUGGAAACCAUUGUGGGAGGUGAAAUGGAACCAUCGGAACUAUGGAAUGUCGAUUUUAGACAAUCUUGUCGCGAACAUGAUUUGAAGCAAUUGCACAAGAAUGUCAAAGAAAUCAUUCUGCAAGUUCAAAACAAGAGUAAAAGUUGUGAAGGAGAAGAUCAAGAAUGUACGGAUACAACUAGUACUAGCACUACUACCAACAACAACAACAAUCACCGUCAAGAAUUCAACGAAAUGCUCCUCAUUGUCCAAGAAGCCUGGAGGACCGUUAUUGCCAGAAGUUGGAACGAAGUCAUGGUCCCCAUUUACGACAUGAUGAAUCAUCGCAAUGGACACUGGCACAAUGCCGAUCAACUAACUUCGGCACACGACAAGGAGCAGGAUCUGAUUGUCGUGGCGUUGCGGGAUAUCCAAAAGGGAGAACAAGUGUACAUUUCCUACAAUGAAUGCGAUGACUUGGAUUGCGAAGGCAUGGCACACAAGUACGUCUUGCAACAAAUCUUCAAGGAUUACGGGUUUGUCGAACAGUAUCCUCGGCGAUGGCGCUUUGAUAGUUUUGGAGGGGAAGUGGUGGAGGAUGACAGCGAGGCUGUAGUUUUUGAAAUUGAUCUCGUCAAUGAUAAUGAUGAUGGAGUGGACGAUCCCGACUUGAAACUCACCUGGUUGAGUGAAGAACCAAUGACAUUGGCCAAGAUGCACUUUUUUCACGGACAUUUGCACAAGCAACGUCGUCUUUUGCCCUUUGUCGAACAGAGUCUACAAGAACUAGAGUACAGCAGCGAACGAGAUACCAUUGAAGACUACUACGAUGCUCUCGUGACGGCACUGGAAAUGGUCGUGGCGUACGCCGAUAGCACUCCCAAAAAGGUUCCCGAUUUGACAAGUGCCUUGGACGACUUGCAGGUGCACGGCGUCAAACCAGGCAUGCCGUUCAGCGAGCAACAAGAAGAGGAAGAGGAACUCUUUGUCUGUGGUGGCGAUACCACUUCCUACAUGGGAGAAGCUUCCUACGAACAAAUAGGAGAUAUCACGUCACAGUAUCAAGGGAUUACUUUUGAAUACAAUGAAGAAAUUGAAGAUGUCUGUCUCUACCUCAGUGGUUGGUUGCAGACGUGUACCAGUUGGCGUCCACACUAUCACGAAUCGGUCGUCCACUACCCCACCCGGUUCAUACCAACCCUGAAGCGAGUCAUUUACUUGGGGGGUGGAGACAACAUGCUGUUGCAUGAAAUUUUAAAGUAUGAAGAUUCCUUGGAGGUUGUCUUUGGGAUGGAAUUGGAUCAAGAAGUCGUUCGAAGCAGUUUCAAGCACAUGGGGACACAGCCCCAUUUUGACAAUCCCAAAGUGCAGUGGUGGUUUGGUGAUGCCACCAAGAGUCUAUCCAUGUUGCUGGAACAGGGCGAUGAGUUUUAUGGUACCUUUGAUUUGGUCAUUGUGGAUCUGCAGACCAACGUGGCGGAAACCUUGAUGGUGACGCAUGACAAGACCAUUAUGGAUGUUGCCAUGCAGCUACUGCAGCCCGAAGGCAUUCUGGCCCGCAACGAAGACUUCUAUCCUCGUCGGUCCACGGGCUUCGCGGCCUACGAGGUGGAUCUCGAGUUCCUGGACGUCCCACAGUUGUGUCAACAAUCGAUUACCAUUGGCAGUACCAAUGUGGACUUUCUCACCAAGGAGCUGACGGGUCAUGGCGUGGAGACGGUCUAUUUGAAUGUAUCCAGUUUGGAUGAUGGCACCGACAAGUUUGCUCGCUGGUUGAAUUACCGCAAUAAUGACAUUCCGGACCCAUCGUGUGAUGGUUCGGCCGACGGCGAAAAGGAUCAAAAGGAACGAGGUUUUGGUGUCCACAUGAUCCUUGAAGUGGAAGACACUCAAAUUGCAAAGGAGAAACCUGAAAAGAUACAAGCCAAAAUCAGCAAUGUCAUGGCGGGCAUCGGCCUCACGGAACUGACCACGAAUGAGGCUCCAAACAAUGACAAUCUUGCUGUGAUGCUUUUCGUAGAAGGUUACGUCGCUGUACAAGUCUUUCCUGACCAAAAGUACAUUGCAUUGGAUGUGAAACUCUACAGUCAUUUUGGCAAGCUUGAACCAGCACGCAAGGAGCUGGUAGCUGUGCUAAGCAGUAAUGCGGACAAGCCGUCUUCUUCGUCCCUCCGCAUCGUGUCGGGUGGAAUGUUUGGUGUACCCAAGGCGUCAAGUCGCGGAAAACAAGCCCCCACAUGUGGCGAGAAGGGGACCUUGGAUGCUGCCGCCGUCGAAGGCAUUGCCGAUGCUGCCAUCACGACCAUUGUCCAAAAGGCUGCUCUAUUCGGGGGCAAAUCAGAGCCCGUCGUUGCUGUUGUGUGCCCCGAUGAAGAAUCGUCCUGUGUUGCGCUUGGAGCGCUUCGUAAUGCCGGAUUCAAGAACUUGAUUCCUCUAAUGGGCUGCGCAGACCUCAGUGACAGCUCUUCUGAUGAUCUAGAGAAGAUCAACGCAUGUGCCUUGGCGGCAGCUGCUGCACUCUUGGAAUCCGUGGAACGAGUCGGGAAGAUUGAUAACAUUGUGGUCGACGUGAACGCCUCCAAAGUCAUGGGGCAGAUCUUGCACAAGAUCCUUCGGGACAAGCCUCAGAGGCUUGAGCUGUUGCAAGAAGCGUAUGCCGUCCUGUCACUGUCUUUCGAGGUAUCGGCAUCAUCGUGGCGGCAAGCGCUUCUGGAACGCUUCCAAACGGAAUUCGAUAUCCACACCACGGCACAAAGAGGCGUUGUACUCUUUGAAAGCAAGUCAAACUCCUUGGAGGUUGGACUGUUCUCUACCGGUAGCCGCGGCGUGUUUCAUGAUGUGGCAACAUUUCUCAAGGAGGUCGAAGAAGAAACGAGCCUCGUCGGACACCUUCGCAAGGUCGAUGAUGGUGUAUUACAAUACGCUGCGGACUUUCUGCCAAAUGUUGUCGGGUCCACUUCAGACUUUGAUCGCGGUGACGCCACUAAACAGUGGCUGAACCAAAAUGCUGUGGGGCACCAAACCAUUUUGCAAUUUGAGAUCCAACCCUCCGAAUCGCCUCUUGAAGGAGGAACAAAGAUACUGAUCAACUACAAUGUUGAUGUCUGGAAGGGCCGUUGGGCACUUGGGCAGGUCGUCGAGGAACGGGACGGUGGUGGCUAUGCCGUCAUUGUGGAUGGAGAAGAGGAAGAGCAAGAAACGAGCCGCGAUAGACUUCGGAAGUUCGAGAAUGAAUCUCCUUUGGAAGUUCGGCAACCUGUUUUGAUUCGACGCAAUGGAUUUUGGUCUCAGGGUGCAGUCAUUGAACAACUUCCGGAGGAGGGCAUGUUCAAAAUCAGAGGGUACGAUUCCGAUGGCGAUGUGAUGACAGUGCACAGGAAGGACUUGGUUGCUCGGUUCGAGGCUGCGGACGAGGCAGAAACCGCUUCGUUGUCGUCAACAAUUGUGCACGAGACCUUCUCUUCGGCUCUCAGCUCGGUCGAAAUUGACAUCGACAAGAAGGACGGACGGCAUGAUUUGCAGGUGUCUGGAGGGAUUUCCGAGGGUUGUGUAAUCACAGCGUUCUGGCCGGAUGGGCAUGCAGUUACGACCUGGGAUGGAAGGGGUCACAUUGAUAUCAGUGUCUUCACUUUUGAGGAGGAUGAUAUCAUGCGUGACGAACUUGCUGUGUCAAUUAUGACACAUCUUCCCUUUCUCAAGCCGACAUCGCGGGACGAAAUGCCUCGAGGAACCGGCAGGGUUGUGAAUUUCAACAGCGAGGCCCAAGAGUCGCCCCAUUGGUUGCUGGAACUUGAAACACCUGAAGCACCAUCCGCUGAAUGAUGAGCCUAUCCUCCCCUGACGCUACCUUCCAAGGGUGUUACCGAUAUUCAUACAAAUAAAUGAGGACGUUCUUUCAGUUUAGAAGUGGUAAUGUUGUACAACUAGAAUGGCUGUAGCGAAGCAAAGACUGAUGAUGGAACCAUCUGAUGCUGGCUCCUCCGAUAGUAUGCACACCCUGGUA